GGAGAGGUUCCGACGAUGGCUGACAUCCCGUGUUACGAGGUCCGUCCAAGUGCGAACAUUGAAGUCAGUCGUAUCCCUUCAACGCCAACUUGAAGACAGUGAGACUACGUACGCAAUUACGAGCCAGAGAUCCCCACAAGCAAACACCAACCUUUUAAUGGCGACCCUCCAAGGCAAGGUAGCCAUUGUGACGGGAGCGUCUCGGGGCCUCGGUGCCGGGAUGGCCCUCGAACUCGCCCGGCAAGGAGCAGCCGUCCUCCUGGUCUACACCUCCGAAUCCAGCACACCAAAAGCAGAAGCCGUCCUCGGCGAAAUUGCCGCCCUACCAACGCCACCCGAGGCAUCGCGCGUCCAAGUGGACUUGACCAGCGCAGACGCCCCCGCCGGGAUUCUUUCGGCGCUAGACUCCUGGCUCGGCCCCUCGUCCCACGUCGACAUCCUCGUCAACAACGCCGGCGUCGAAGUCGUCAAGCCCCUAGCCGACACAACGCCCGCCGACUACGACAAGGUCUACUCGCUCAACGUGCACGCCCCGAUCCGGCUCACGCAGGCGCUGCUCCCGCGCCUCAACCCCGAGGGGGGCAACCGCAUCAUCAACAUCGGGUCGGUGGGGUCGCGGGCCGGGUUCGCGGGGUUGGGGCUCUACUGCAGCUCCAAGGCGGCGCUGGAAGGGCUGACGCGGUGUUGGGCGGCCGAGCUGGGCGGGGACGGCACGACGGUGAAUCAGGUCAACCCUGGGCCGGUGCAGAGUGAGAUGUUGGCGAAUAUACCGCCGGAGAUUGUGGAGGGGCAGAAGCGGAAUACCCCCGUGCAGAGGAGGCUGGGGACCGUGAAGGAGGUUGCUGAGGUUGUGGCUUGGCUUGCUUCGCCGGCUAGUUCGUGGAUUACGGGGCAGGUGUUGAGUGCGAGUGGCGGAUGGGCCAUGUAUUGAGAAUGACUUGGGAGGACGACAGCAGCCGAGACGAGAGACUGCACAAAUCAGAUAACCGAUCAUCUACUUGUGGGAU